AUGCUUGAUACUACGCAGUCAUUGCAGUCCCAGAACCGCGCUAAAGUGGACAAGCUGAAGAAAGUGGUUAUGGAACAAUAUUCGUUCCUCUCUCGAUACGAGAAGUGCUGGCCGGUCCACGACAUGUUGAAGUGCCAUCUUAAAUACACUCGUACGAAGAAAGGCAGCCAGAAGACCCGCAAAGGGAAGGGAAAGGCGGUCGAGACAGCCUCUAAUAGCCAGAAGAGCAAGCUGAGAAGCAGUCGCCAGAGGAGCAUUGACGCGGUGAACGAUAAACCGAGGUCCAGGAAGUGCCCACCGCGUUAUCAAACGAUCACACAUCUUCUUCUCCGUCGCACUGACACUGCGGUGAAUGGUGUCCUUGGCCAGUAUGAUGAAUCGAACCUCGGGGACGACGCAGUAGUAAACUGUGAAGGGAAUCAUGGCCAUAUCUUGGCUUCCCAAGCGCAGGCCAAAUAUCUGGCCUUAUUCCCCCUUGCCGUAGAUACACUUUCUGAUCUCUUGGACGCGAGCCAAGACGGUUUGGGUCGACGACUCACCAUUGCUGAAGUUCGCGAUCGGGAGUCUCUGGUUCUGCACUACGCAACUCUGAGCCGCUUUAUGCAGUCCAGCCCACUGAGCGCCGCUGGAUGUUGCCGCUCUCUGAACAAUAGCAUUCUGAAAGAUCUACGGUGCCUCGCGAAUGGCGUCCCGCGGAUGAGUCCACUCUUACAUUCCUCAAGGCAGUGCAUAGGCGGCAUUGUUCCAACAACGCCACUCCUUCGUCCUCCCUUUGAUAGUACAUCUAUUAAGAGUGUCGCGGAACCGCCACAAGGGUGCUACGUGAUCCACACAACGUCCUCCGACAGGAUGGAGUCUGACGAUCGUCCAACACCACCCGCUGGCUCAGUAGACCUGGCGAUGUCCUCAGAAGCCGGUCUCAAUCUAGAGAGGAUGGAGUCUGACAAUCGUCCAGUACCUCCGGCUGGCUCAUCAAACCCGGCCCAAGGUCCGUCAGCAUCCAUGGGCACAGUUCCCGAAGUCGAGAAUGAAGAUGCGAUGUCCGAGUACGAAGAUGCCGAGGCGGAUAUUGAAAUGACCAUGGAACCAUCUGGCAAGCGUCGUGCAGCAGGUGGGCAUGAUCGUCAGCCUCCUCCCCGCCACAAGCCGGAACAUGGCCGUACCAAAGUGAGAAUCGUCGAGUCCACUCAUUGGGAGAAGCGAUUCCGUGCCCUGGAAGGCGAUGUAGCCAAGAUCCAGGAGAUUGGACAGAACGCAAUCUCACGACUGCAGGCAGAAAAGGCAGCACUUGAGGGGCAGCUGAGAGACCAGGCACUGAGUAAUGCCAACAUGACCCAGCAGCUGGUGACGUUGCAAGAAAUGGUGCAGAAACAUGUCG